GUGAUGGAGUCGUUUCGAUGUCAUAUAAGCUCUGAAAAACGGAAGAGGAAGUGAAUAAGUUCUAGUCAGUAGUCACUGAAAACAUGCGAGGAGCCAAAACAAAAUAGAAACUAGAAGUACAGUUGAAGUUUAGCUGGCGUUAACCCUCGAGAAGUUAUUUUCACGUUUUCGAACUGUAGGAGAGUGUAAUCCAGAUGUUACAGACAUGGCAGCAAAACUAUGGAUAAUUCUGUCUGUCGUUUUCCUGUCCUCCCAGAGCGAGUGCCAAGAGGCAGUCCUGCACGUGUCUAAAGGAUAUCUUUCUAAGGAAUACUGUCUCGUAUACAACUCAUCCUUGUCCAACAUCUCUGACUCGCUAAGUAAUGCAGUGCGGUAUCAGCUGGUGAACCUGACGUCGACUCUGCUGUGUGAUCCGGGGAGUCUGAAGCAGAAUUCUCUGCUGGGAAAGGCUGUGGUUGUGCUGCGAGGGACUGUGAGGGACUGUGCCCUCAGCCAGAAAGCUAGAGUGGCUCAGUACCUGGGAGCAGCAGUCCUCCUUAUUGCCAGCACGGACCCCAUGGGGAUCCCAUCAGUGAAUGUCACUGAGAGUGAAAAGGUGACAAUUCCAUUUGCCCUCAUGAGGUUUCAGGAUUUUAUGGAUGCUCAAAAGGUGUUUGCAGGUGAGAUGGAGGUGCAGCUUUACGCGCUGCCUGUACUUGCGUUUGACUGCAGUAUUCUGCUCAUGCUAGCCCUUGCUAUCUUCACUGUGGCAAUGGGUGGCUUCUGGAGUGGAGCUGCAGAAAGAGCGAAGCAGAGCGGAGCAGCAGUGUCCGGGGGAGAGGACGGGGCGGACAGUGGAGAUCUCUCCCUCUACUCUCCGCUGAAGGUGCUGCUGUUUGUGCUGCUCAUGUGCGUAAUGCUUGUGCUCAUGUACUUCUUCUACAAGUGGCUCGUGUAUGUGGUCAUUGUGAUCUUCUGCCUGGCCUCAGCCACAGCCCUCUACAGCUGCCUUGAUGGCAUUAUGAACGCAGUGGGCUGCAGCAAGUUCAGUGUGUCCUGUGGGGAGAGGAGCUGUUCAGUAAGGUCUCUUCUGCUCACUUCUGUCUGUAUCACUCUGGCUGUGAUAUGGGGAGUGUACCGGAAUGAGGACAGGUGGAUCUGGAUCCUUCAGGACCUGCUUGGUGUGGCUUUCUGCCUGAACUUCAUGAAAACCAUCACUCUUUCCAACUACAAGAUCUGUAUCAUCCUGCUUUCUCUCCUGCUAGUCUAUGAUGUCUUCUUCGUCUUCAUUACGCCUUUUUUCACACCUAAUGGAGAGAGCAUAAUGGUGCAAGUGGCUCUUGGCCCAGGAGCAGGUGGAGAGAAGACUAAUGGGGAUUUCAUGGUUCCAGCAGAUUCCUCAACUUCCUAUGAGAAAUUGCCCGUAGUGAUGCGUAUUCCGCGGUUAUCGGCUUGGGUGCAGAACCUGUGUGUGAUGCAGUUCUCCAUUCUUGGUUAUGGUGACAUCAUUAUUCCAGGCAUGUUGGUCGCAUAUUGCCACAGAUUUGACGUUUGGACCAACAGCUCCAAAAGAAUAUACUUCACCUGCUGCACUAUUGCAUACAGUGUGGGGCUAGUGGUGACAUUUGUAGUGAUGUUGCUGUCUAAGAUGGGGCAGCCAGCUCUUCUGUACCUGGUGCCUUUCACACUGAUUACCAGCGCCGUGGUCGCCUGCGUGCGAAAAGAGUUCAAGCAAUUCUGGGCCGGGACCACCUACCAGGUGUUGGACUCCUCCAGGGAUCCCUUAUCAUCAGAUGGAGAGGCUGGAUAUUCCAGAGAAGUAAGGAAGUGCUGACUCUUGGAUUCAUCUGCUUUUUAUCUACUGAACCCGAGAGAGGACCGUCAUUGUUUAAUACUGAUCUUAAGACAAACUGAAGUUGAGGCAGCUGUGUAGUAUGAGAGCUGAUCACUGGAACAGCAGGGAUGUGAGUGAGUGUGCGUGUGUGUGCUUAAACUGAGAAACACUUUGGCUCCCAUCUCUCAGAUGUAACUAAUUAAUAAGCACUUUAUCUGUACUCUGACUCUCUCCCUAUCUGAUGAGAUCUUUGGGGCAUUACUGCUUUACAGGUUGUUGUAUCAUGUAUCCACUUUAGUUGUCAAUGGGGAAAAAUGAUCACUAUAAUGGCCUUAAAUUCUAGAUCAGCCCAAAGUAUUUUUUCCUAGUCUGUUUUGUGCCAUGCUUUUUCUGGAUCUGUAACAUACAACACAAUCACUUGUUUAUCAGUUCUGUUUAUGGCCUUAAAUAAAAGAUGGAGAAACAUAAAA